AUGAUCACAGCCAAGCCCUUGGGGUCUGCGUUGCUGUUGCUUGGUCGGAUUUCAAGGAGGAGAAACAUAGAUCGUAAUACUUGGCGUUCUUGCAGUCAAGAAACAGUGUUCGGAAACGCGUUUACGUUGAGUUUGUCUUCCGUUUCAAGAAUUAGUAAUUUACCGGAAUUUGGGCUUGAAGUCAGAGGACAAAUUCUUGCAAUAGUCCAUGUAGGACUCAUGUCACGUAGCUCUAAUAUUCAUGAGUUGGCCCAUACCUUUCUCGACGAGGCUUUCUCAAGUAUUAUCUGCGAGGAAGAUCUUGUUUGGACAGAAGAUGGUGAGAAGAUUUGGGUCCUAGAUCAACUAUCUUUGGAAGGGACAUUGGCUCCAGAACUUGGGAAACUUAGUUUUGAUGAAAAAGAUAUUAACCAGAACUUAAUAAAUCUAGUCAAUUUACGACGCAAGUUGCUUGAUCAGUCAAGUAAUCUUGCAGCUGCACCUUUCAGUGAUGGACCUACUAUACAAAUCACCCCUAUUCCAAUUACUCAGAGCAGUGGAGCUUUCCCAGCUUUUCGUGAGAGACAGAUAUCUGCACAAUAUCCUUCUCCUUCUACUUUUCCAUUUGUGGAUCAAACAAUUCCACAAAAUUCAACUAAUGGUGCUAAUGGAAGAUUAUGGAAGUAUACUAUUAUAGCAGCAGGAUUAGCGGUCUUGUUCAGUGUUGUUUUAAUCAUGCUUCUUAUCUGGCGAAAACGAGCCGCUAAAGUAAUAAAACCAUGGAAAUCAGGAAUAAGUGGAGAACUGCAGAAAGCAUUUAUAACAGGUGUUCCCAAGUUGAAUUUGGCAGAGUUGGAGACAGCAUGUGAAGAUUUUAGCAAUAUUAUUAAUAGUUUUGAAGGAUGUACAAUAUACAAAGGAACACUAUCUAGUGGGGUUGAGAUUGCAGUUCAUUCAACCAUUCUUACUUCAGCCAGUUAUUGGUCGAAGAACAUGGAGAUGGCUUAUCGCAAGAAGAUUGCUACCUUAUCCCGUCUUAACCAUAAGAACUUUACCAAUCUUAUUGGCUACUGUGACGAAGAACAACCUUUUAAAAGAAUGAUGGUAUUUGAUUAUGAUUCGAAUGGAAGCUUAUUUGAACAUUUGCAUGUUAAAGAAGCUGAACAUCUUGAUUGGGAUACAAGAAUGAGAGUUAUUAUGGGGACGGUUUAUUGUCUUCAUUACAUGCACCAUGAUCUGAAUCCACCUGUAGCUCAUUCCAAUCUUACAUCAAUUUCAAUAUUAUUAACAGAUGACUUUGCUGCUAAGAUAUCAGAAUUUGCUUUUGACAGGAGAGUAUUACACUGUGCUGCUGCAGAUGAGUCACAUAAAGCUGAGUUGCCACCUCAUCCUGAUCCUGAAACCGAUGUCUAUAAUUUUGGAGUGUUAUUGCUUGAAAUCAUUUCUGGAAAACUACCUUACUCUGAACAAGAAGGCCAUCUUGUUAAUUGGGCUGUUGAGCACUUGAAUGAUAAACAAAGCGCCAAAAAUAUGAUCGAUCCUUCCCUAGAGUCUUUCAAAGAAGAAGAUCUUGAUGUCAUAUGUGAGGUGAUCAAAGCAUGUCUUCAAUCUGAUGGAAGGUUAAGACCAACAAUGAUGGACCUAACUCUCAGAUUGAGGGAAGUACUCCAUGUAUCACCUGAACAAGCUGUUCCAAGACUUUCUCCUCUAUGGUGGGCUGAAUUGGAAAUCUUGUCAUUGGAGACCACGUAA